AUCGCACAAAAUAUGCAUUGGACUAUUUUAAUGUACAAUCAUUGAGAAUGAAUUUUAGCACCUCCUAAAAGAAUUCCUACAUUGGGAAUAGUCAUUUCCUAGCUAAGUUAGAAACUUCUAAAGCAGUACAAAAUUGUUGCAUAAAAUUUAUUCAUAUAAUCAAAGACGUUGUACCUAUAUUCAUCGUCACAGAAUCAUUCAUACAAUUAAUGAUGGAAAGAUAUCUGCUAUUAAUCUCAACUCAUCCUAGGAUCUUACCGAUUCAGUUUCCCAGAUCACGGUAUGUUUAUUGCAAUGGAUGAAAUAUUUCAAGCAACUAGGGAAAUGUAAAACUAUUAAAUUCGUUCAUCAAUAAUACGUAGGGCAUAUUUCUUAGCAGAAGAUACGAUGUAUAAAUACACAACAGUUGUAAUAUUUCAAGCAUUCCAACGCCUCUUUAACCGGUGCUUGUUAAAUUACUCUACAAUUGUUAUUGGUGGAAAUCGCGUAUUUGAUUAUCCGGAAGUGCAUUAAAAAACAAAGGACAUCUUUUCGACACCUGGAAAAGGUUUUCUGAAAACCUAUGAUUAUUCACGUGUUAUUCAUUUUUUCACAGAUUACCAAAAAAUUGCAGAUUGUUUCAAGCAUUGCAACAUGAAUUACACUCUCUUUUUGAUAACAAAUACGAAAGUUUCGUUGCUCAGUUAUUAUUUUGACACCAUAUGACAGAAUAUAAUUCCAUCAAUCAAUUUUUUUUGUACUAAAUAUGAAUGUCAAACAAUAUUAUCAGUGCGACGAACACCCCUUGGGCAUUCUCUGUAGAUGUAAAGAAUAUAAAUCAAUUGUAGAAAGCUUCCAGUUCUGUACAAUAAGUACCAUACCAUCGGUAAUCAAUAAAUUCAAUGUCGGUGAGUUGAGCGAAUUGAUUGAGCCGAUAGCUUCGGGAAAAGUGUUUUGGAUGAGGAGGAGAACCGAGAAGUUUUGCAAUGGUGAUCACCCUUUGAUACUUUAUUGCGAGGCGAAAAAAUCGGAAAUUGAUGAAAGUAACAUCGAUAAGCCAUGGGUUCCUGUGAAAACUGAUAUCGUAUCAACAAAGCUCAUUCGCAUCAACGAAUGCUAUAAACAUCAAUCGCAUAUGAACACACAAAGUGCCGAAAAAAGUACUCUGACGGACAUGCUUCCUCAUAUGGGUAGAGUAAUAAAACAAAACGACAUCCCAUGGGAUGUCGGAUCUCAUAAAAAUCCCCCAGAAAUGACAGAUGAAUUUGAAACAAGGUGGAGUAGAGCAACUGGGUGUUUCACAUCAUGGGCUGAGUCGUAUACAGCUGCAACGGGUUGCCCUCCGUUUUAA